AUAUAUCUAUUUCACUUAAGAAAUAAUUUAUUGUAGAUAUUAGAGAGUGCCAAAAUUUAGUUAACUUCAAAAAAUAUUUAUUGGUAGUUUACUACUUUACAGAUUUGUGUUCUUGCGUGCCGAGGGGUACCUUACCAUAUUUGACUAGUUUUAUUAAGAUUUGCGUUGCGGCCUCUUGAUUCGAAAGAUUUUAGGACGAGUUGCAGGUGUUCAGCUUGAACCUAUAGGAUUUAAUCUGAAUUUUGCGAAUGAAAUGACUUCUUUAUUGACAAUCUACGUGUUUCUGCAGAUGUUCGUAAACAUUGAUGGAAGUAUAAGAGAACGGUUCCUGCUUCAAAAGCAUGCAGGUAGCCCCAAGGAUAGAUUCAACGUGUUAAUUCCCGAGGAGGUGGAUUAUGGAAAAAUUUAUCAAAAUUUUCCAGGAUGUCAUCUCGGAAAGUCUUUUUAUAAACUAGGAGAAAAGUUUAAUCCAACCUUAAAUCCGGAUGGACCAUUCGUUUGCCUCAUUUGCCAAUGUGUACCGAACAUUAAGAAGGGCAUUGUGCAGCAUAUUGGAAAUGUUAAGUGCAAAAAUAUUAAGAACCUGUGUCCGGUGCCCAAGUGCGAUAACCCAGUGCUACUGGAAGGCAAGUGCUGCAAAUCCUGCCCAAAUGAAGACAAAACAUUUGAAGAUAUGCUCAGUCUUCUACCAGGGAAAAUGUCCAAAGAAGUUGAUAAAGCACUAAACUGGGAUAACAUACGCCGAAAAGUUAUUAAUAAGAAGUAUGUUGCGCUGCUGGUAGGCCGCAAUGUCAUCUCAAGUCGACCGCUUCUGACUCGCGCAGUCGCAGUUGUGCACCUUCGUGUGACUUCGACUUUAGGAUUGCGCUUUUCCAUUAAAUACGAAGGACUCAAAAACCCAGAAAAACUUUUGCUGACAGAUAAGAACGGAAACGUUUUGAUGGAAAAACGUCUCCAAACAAGAUAUCCCGACAAACAGAUAUGUGGGGAAUGGGAAAAUGUUCCAGAAUUUUAUUUCCGGUAUCUACACAAAGGGAUGUUUUUACUGGUAAUAACGACGUCAUCAUUCAAAAAUGGCGAAGUUGCCGGAAAACCGGAAGUUGACAAAUCCAGACAGCAAAGUACCUUUUCAACUAUACUGGUUUCUCCAAACCAGUACGGUAUCGGAGGCUACGCCGAGUUAUUUUACGGAAUUCGAAGCAAAAGUGUGGAAUACACUGUCAAGUUUGACGGUCUUUAUAACAUUAAACGACGAAAACAAGAAUAUUUUGUUACCAUCGAAAAGAGGACACAGAUUCUGCAUAACCAAACCAAAAAAAUACGGAGAAGAAAGAAUAGCAAACUCCGAGGUACUUGGUUGGCCCUGAAUAAAAAGAGCAGAAAACUGAUAGCCAAAGCGAGGCUGCGAAUGAGGGUCACCUCUAAAGGAGGGACCACUAUUAUCGGUACUAUAACACCGUCUGGAACCUGUAGAGCAUAUAUAGGAGUUCUUUCAAGUGGUGAAGCACUCAUAUACCCGCAAAUUGCACUGUCAAGCGCAGGCUUUGCAGUUCUAAAUCUACACGACAAUGGACAAUUAAGUUACAAUAUAGACUUGAAAGGUAUGACUAGCUGCGUUACUUACCUUACCAUUGAAUCAUUACCUACAAAAACCGGAAGGCGGACCGUUAUUUAUAACCUCAGUGGACAUUUCAGGAGAAAUUCUUCAUCCUCCUGUGAUGGAACAGCAUCGGGUAUCAUUAAAAACGUACGGGCAAAAUAUAUCGCUUUACUGCUAGCUGGAAGAUUAUUCCUCAACGUAGAAACGGAACGGAAAUCAUAUUUAGCUCUCAGGGGUCGCAUUGAAAACAUCCAGUAUAGUGAUGAUAUUGACUUUACCAAAGACACACCAUUUUUGAUGACGUCAUUACAAACGUCACCAACAGGAGUAGGAGGAGUGGCAUGGUUAGUUGCUGACCAAAAAUGCCGUCUUCAUUAUCAAAUAAUCUUAUCUGGUCUACAAGACUAUUCAUCCCUUAAUGCUCUUCUGGUAGGAGAAUUUGAUUCCAUGGCACCGCAGUUCACCAAAAAUACGAUAUACACUCUUGUUAUAUCCAACUUUAUCAAUGGAAUGGCCCGCGGUGUAAUAGAUGACAUAUCACCGGAAGUUUACAAAAGUUUGAAUGCCGGGACAUCAUUACUUCAGAUUGGUGUUACUGGAAUCAGAAAAGGAGAAAUAGUAGCAAAUCUAAGCAUACCAAAUUCAUGUUGGAACUUACUUCUUGAUGAAACAAGACCAACAUCAGGAAGCAGAGCUCUAACAACAUUAGGAAAGAAUGAUUGCAAAGACGGAGGCAACAUUUACCACAGUGAUGAAAGCUGGAUUCCCUCUAAAAACGGCACCUGUCGAACUUGUAGUUGUAAGAAUGGCAACAUUCACUGUCACCAAGUUAUUUGUCCAAAACUAGCAUGUAACAAUCAAGUACGUAUGGAUGGUGAAUGCUGCCCUACGUGUCCAGAAACGCUGACUCAGGACAAUGGGACGUGUUAUUAUCCGGGUGAUAAGCGACAUUAUCGCGCAGGAACCGUUUGGCAUCCAUAUAUACCACCCAAUGGAUACUCAACGUGUGUCACGUGCACUUGUGACAAGAACAGUUUACAGGUUAGAUGCACACAUUUACCAUGUCCUGUUCUUAAUUGUUCGAAAGGAUACAGGGUUCGUGUGCAAAGGAGUGAUUGCUGUCAAGUAUGUUCAGACAGGAAUUUAUUAGCAGAUAUAAUUAAAAACACAACGCCAUCAACAGAGGAAAGUUCAGACGGCGAAUGUAGAAUAGGAAAACAUGUAUACAAAAAUAGAACUCGGUGGCACCCUGUCCUGAGUUCCCACGGAGCCGUCAAAUGUGUGACGUGUAAAUGUAAAAAUGGAAAAAUACAGUGCAGAAGAAGGUCAUGCAGAAAGUCAUGUAAAGAGGGAUCAAGGAGGAAAAAUAAAUGCUGUAGUUGUGUUCGUUAAUUUAUCGGAUACACCCUAAAUAAGCAGGAUUUUAAACUUAAACCAAUGUGAACUCUGUGAUAUGAGAUUGGAGCACAAGAUGGCAUGGAGCAAGUAGCAAUUCAAAUUUCAUGGAGGAAAAUUAUCAUUAAAUCAAUAUAAACGACAUUAAUAUUUUUGUUGACUCUUAAUGAUGUCUUUAUUUGAAUGAUCGUUAAUUGUCCUUUUAAAAAAAAAUGUAUUUCAACUUAAGAUAAUCAUGCUGUUCUAAAAGUACCUGCUGCGAGUCUUUCCUCAGAUUUAUAUGUUUGAGUGCAAUAACUUCAAUAUAUGUGUGCGAGUGUUUUAUUUUUAAGAUACGAGAAGUAUUAGUAUGUGUAUCGUUUGAAGUCUUUGUUGGAUGAAUAAUUUUUUAAAAAAUAAUUUCAGAUGCAAUCAUAAUUAAUGUUAACUUUAAUACUGCAAUGUAAUAUCAUUUUAUUGCAAUAUUCCUUUCUUUUUUUUACGUGUAUACAUUUUGAGAUGAAGCCAUCUAAAAUAAGGCCUUGCUUUCUAUUGUUAAAAAUCUCAUUUCAAAAAUGUAAUUGAAUCAGUUUUGUGAUGUUGCAAAUUUAUAUAUUUAUGUAUGUUUAUGCUGUUGGUGGUUUUUGUAAUGUAUCGAUUGAAGAAGGAUCGAGUGCCAAUUUUCAAUGAUGAUGUAUAUGUCUGAUUUUACAAUAUAUAUUUUUGUACAUUGUUUUAAAUGGUUGGGAGACCAUUGCUAGAAGUUGUUGACAUGAAACUAUCAUUCCAUUGACAUAUAACCUGUUGCUAGUAUAUGAUAACCAUUGUGUACAUAUGCAUCAUGUAUUUAAAAUGAAUAUUUUCUUUUAA